UGAUAACAUUAUGCUAUCUUAACAGCUGUUCAAAACAAAAACAACGUGGUCGGCGAAAAUGACGAAUUUGCGCAAAGAACUAGAGAAAUGCAAGCAUCCCAACAGUCGCAAAACCAAGGCGCUGGGCAAGAAGGCACGCCGCCAGAACAACAAACACAAAGGGCGCCUUGGACAUGCGAUCAAGAGUAACAUUAUGGGUGAGAAACUAAGCUGGUUCCUGGGUCAAAUAGAGGAGGGACGGACUACACCGCUUACACCACAAGAGUUCGAGGAUAUGAUAACGUUAUAUCUGCAGCGUUUUGAUGAGGAACUGGCGCAAAUAGCGCUAAAACAGUCCAUAGGCAAGAAUCGCGCUAACCAGCAUGCGGCGCGUCAGGAUGUUAUUAAAAUAACGUUGGAAAGAGAACGCAAUGAAUAUGAAAGCGGUGGCAUGGAAAUACUUAAUCUUUGCGAUGCGGAGAAGCUUAAAAUGUUAUUUGAUUGGGAUGGUAGUGCCCUGAGUGUGCAGCAUUUAAAAUUGGAUUUGGUGUCACAGAAUAUGUUGCGGCGUCUCAAGCAGCAGCCAACAACAAGCAGCAAGGCAGCAGAGGAAAUGGAAACAGCAUAAAGUUCAAAUUAUAUGAAAUAAAUAUGGUUAACAUAAAGUAAGUUUAAAUAUUAUUUUUCCAACUAUCGAGAUUGCAAUCUAUCGACUGUUAACUGAACAGCUGUGCUUUUAAUCAACGCUGCUCGUAGUAAUACAAAAUAAAGCUAGAAAUCGGCUAAACUAAAA